AGUAAGGCGUUCCUUACUAUUUUUUUUUUCAAUGACUCAUCAGAACUUUUACUUUUCUCAUUUUCUCGAAAUUAAUCUUUUUGCACUUACAAUAGAAUCAGUUUUGAUGUCAUAUCAUGCGAGUCCACUUAGGGCAAAACGUAGCGAUUCUCCUGUCUCUUUCUGGAUUAUUUUUGCACCAAAUAACUUCAGUUGGAAGAUUACUAUUACCAUUUAACUCAAAUUUAUGAGAUAUUGCAGUUCCUUUUGUUGGGUGGCACGUCCUGUUAAGCAUGACUUUAACUUCAAGUGUUACUUUGAAUAAGCACCACUAAUACAGAGACAAUUAGAUAAAAAUAAAUACAACAAAGUUUGCAAGAAGUCAUUGUUUCGACUUGAAGUGGGGUUGAUCUUCUUAGAUAAGAUUUCUGAAAGUAAGAGUCAAGGUAUAAAAAGCAAGAAAAAAUUCACUUAACCAAUUAUAUGUCUUUUCACAGAUAUUUGAAAUCGAUAAAAUUUACAAAUUAUUCGAAUGGAUAACAUUGUUAAAAAAUAUAAUGGACCAAAAAGACUGAAGAGGGUUUGCUACUUGAAGCAGUCAAUCAUACAUUUGAACACUAGGUUGAUUUUCUUGCCAUUUAUUGAAAGUGUUUGUAGCCCAUUUAACUUUCCUUUACCUUAAAGAACGGAAAGCUUAGUGGGGGUUUCAGUACCAGGCCACUAUCAAUGAAGCAUAUUAAUUCGAGUAUCAGCACAUACAAAUUGUUUGUACUAUAUAUCCUCUCAUGUGAAAAAGUUGAUCAAGUAAUUUCAACAAUGGGUGGUGUCUUCUACCAUGAGGAGCCAGCGAGCCAUAACAAGAGAUGCAAAUUCCUUGCAGGGACUCUGAAAGAAGUAUUUAUCCACUGUCAAACUUUUAGCCGGAGGCUUUCAACUGCAAGCCUUGAGGAGGAGUGCCCCAUUAUCGAUGAUGUUGAUGAGAUGGUUGUUUCGGCAGUGAGAAGCCGAGCUAUGGAGAAACAAAAGCUCAAGCCAAGCCCAUUGAGAGAUGGCUUUUCCUGGACAUAUUCUCGCGCAACAAGGGAACUGUUUGUCACAAUGGCACCACAACCAAGGAUGGUGAUAGGGGAUGGAGAACAUGAUGAAAGAGAAGAGUUUUUUUCCGUUAAAAGUUGCCUGUCAUGCUGUUCUCCGAGUGUUGUGAGUGACCAGGCAUUUUUUUCUGUGAAGACUAACCUAUCUAGAUGUUCAAGCAUGAGUGGGGUUGACAUGUCAGAGCAUUGGAGGCGUUCAAUAAUUCAAGAGUUUUGCCACUGCGAAGGAUGGCCAUUUGGGCUGUGCCGUAAAGCUGUGUUACUUCCACCACUGCCUAAGUCACCAUCUGAGUCAUGGUUGUCACGCAAAAUACAAACAAGUACCAAAGUUAUCUGAGUUUGUUUUACUUUAUCUGUCUUCUCAGUUCCAGUUAUCUCUUGUGGACUUGUGAGAGAAGUUGGUGGAAGAUUCUGGAAUAAUGGAUGUAUGGCUCAAGCUUCAUA